AUGACCACUCCUGCACCGGCACCCCCUAUUACGCGUAACAGCACCCGAACGCCCAUCCAAGACCUCGACAUCGAAACAAUCAAAAAAUGGGACAUCUACACGUGUGACCUGCAGCAAGCCUGGAACUUUGCAAAGCGCGGCUUUGCGGCCACUCUCGAUAAUGUGCGUCUCUCGGACGAGGCUGUAUUUGCUCUCACCGUGUUCAUGCCUCCCUCCCUGCGCGCAAAAUACUACCGAUACGACUUCGACUCUCGCGGUGAUAUUCGCGAAUAUCGCGUCCCCCGAGACCCGCCAAUGGUUAUCCAGUGUCACGGCAUCAACUGGUUCCCCGUGUAUCGCAAGACAACCAUCCUCUGCGGCUCCUGGAGCCUAGCAUGUGGCUGGCUUCGAGGCACUGUGGUCUUACCCUAUUACGGCUACCAGAUUGGCGAAUUUGUCGCUCCCCCAGAAGCUGCUGCGGCUUGUUCGGCACCGCUCCAGCUUGACUGCCAUCAGUCGCGGCCAUCCCCCUCCGGUAUCAGCCCUGACAAACUUCUCCUAGAGCAUUGCCCUCCUACUUCCUUGACCGAUGCUAUUGCCCGCCAGGGAAUUUAUAUCAGCAUGGAUAUCACUGUUCCACACAUCAUCGUCAUUGAUUCAAAAGAGACAUCUGGCUUUCAGACGUUGACCGAAAUUGAAGGGUUUCACUACCUUGCCGGCCCUAACUCCGACCCUAAGGAUCCGUCUCAGUGCAUCCACCAGCACAUCUCCUCAAAGGGUGAUCUUAGGGAGAAGUAUGGCGGCCCAUACAAGAAUGCAACUACCAUGAAGCCCCUGAAGACUCACACAAAUUGGAGCGGACGGUCUAAAAAGUGCAACCAUGCGCACUAG